CCGCUGUUGUUUUGUCAAGUGACUGUCCCAAGUCUCACUUUAACCCCUACCCUUAAAAUAUCGACCCUUCCAGCGUAUCGUAGCACAUCAUACGCCGUUCGGCUAGACUGCGCUUCCGGAGUUCUCAAAGUUGAUCAACCGGCUAACCCACGGGAACUCGACGACGCAGAUCAAUUCGCACCUCCACAUCCUUCUAGAUCCCCUCAUUGUAUACAUAUACGCAUCUUACUCUCACCCCCACCAUUUAAUAUACAUUCCGCGAAAAUGGGCGUUAAUUACUAUGACAUUCUGAAAGUCUCCAAAAAUGCAAGUGAAGAGGAUGUGAAGAAGUCAUACAAGAGAUUGGCCAUGAAAUGGCACCCUGACAAGAAUGCCGUGAACACUAAGGAAGCAGAGGCGAAGUUUAAGGAAAUAUCUGAGGCAUAUGACGUGCUAAGUGAUCCACAGAAGAGGCAGAUCUAUGAUUUGAAUGGAGAGGAAGGUUUGAAAUAUGGUUUUGAUUCUGGGUCGAGUCCGAGGGAGGCUAGGGAUAUAUUUGAAGAGUUUUUUGGUGGGAUGAAUGAUGGGUUUAAAGGGAAAAGAGAUGGUUUUGGCGAAGGCGGCGGAGGCGAAGGCGGUGGCGGUGGUGGUGGAGGAGGAAGGGUGAGGAAGGCGGCGCCGAUGGAGAAUAAAUUGCCAUGUACCUUGGAGGAGCUGUACAAGGGAUCGAAAAGGAAGAUGAAGAUCUCCAGGAUUGUUCUUGAUGAAUAUGGCAAGCCUAGCACUGUUGAAGAAGUCUUGGCAAUACAUAUUAAACCAGGUUGGAAGAAGGGAACAAAGAUUACUUUUCCAGAGAAAGGGAACCAUGAAGCUGGCGCUACCCCGGGAGACCUUACUUUUGUAGUGGAUGAGAAGCCGCAUCCUGUUUUUAAGAGGGACAGCAAUGAUCUAAUACUCAACCAGAAAAUUUCCCUACUCGAUGCUCUCACAGGUAAGACUAUUAACAUAACAACCUUGGACGGAAGGAAUCUUAGUAUUCCAGUCUCAGAUAUUGUCAAACCAGGGCAUGAAAUGUUGGUGCAAAAUGAAGGAAUGCCCAUUUCUAAAGAACCCGGUAAAAACGGAAAUUUGAGGAUCAAAUUUGACAUCAAAUUCCCCUCGAGGCUUACCGCUGAACAGAAAUCGGAUUUGAGGAGGGUGCUGGGCAGGAAAACUAACUAAUUCCAGGUUCAACUCAAUGGUUAUAGAUUCCCAUUAACAGUAGUUAUGCAAAUGCUACUAAAUGUAAAUACUUUUUAACAUUUUCGAACUAGGAAGGUUGUGCAUAGUAGAAGAAAUAGAUGGAGUUGUUUCUGGCAACAUUUUAGAACUAUGUAGCAGCAUCUGAAAAGUGUGAAAUUAGUAGUUGCUAUUUCGAACACCACAUUCUGUAAAAAUAAUAAUGUGCUAAUGUUUCUUGAUUAUCAUGGUGGAUCCUAAACGGUAUGUAUUGGAGUUUUGAACAUAUAAAUUUUUUGUUUUGGUUGCGUGGAGAUA